AGGAGACCGGUGCCAGGCUGCGACAGGCAGCAGCAGCUCCGCGGAGUGAGUGCGGCUGCUGCUGGUGACCCAGCGAGGGACCGGAGAGCUGAGUGAGCCGGGCCAUGAAGGAAACUGGGAGGAAGUAUCCAGCAGGAAAUUAGUCCACUUACUUGAAUGCUGGUCAGUAGUGUAUGUCCUCUGUUCCUUUUGCCAGCGCUCGCUGAAUUUUGACAGAAUUUAAGUAUAAGGACAUUGAAAUCAAGCCAAAAGUAAAAAUGGCUGGAAAUAGCCUGGUGUUGCCUGUUGUGCUGUGGGGUCCCAAAGCUCCAACACACUGUAUUUCGACGCUACUGGUUAUGGACGAUUUAGCAACCAUUGUUACAGGAUGUCACGAUGGGCAAAUCUGUCUCUGGGAUCUAACUCCAAAAAUAGAGAUUAUUCCAAGGGCUUUGCUGUUUGGCCACACAUCAUCCAUCACUUGCCUCUCUAAAGCUAAUGCCAGCACUGACAAACAGUACGUUGUCAGUGCAUCGGAAAGUGGAGAGAUGUGUCUUUGGGAUGUGAGUGAUGGGCGAUGUAUAGAAUUUACCAAAUUGGCAUGCACUCAUACCGGCAUACAAUUUUACCAGUUCAACGUUGGAACUCAACGUGAAGGAAGACUGCUUUGCUAUGGACAUUAUCCAGAAAUCCUUGUUGUUGAUGCCACAAGUCUGGAGGUCCUUUAUUCUUUGGUGUCCAAGAUUUCUCCUGAUUGGAUUAGUUCACUGAGUAUUAUACGUUCACUGAGAACACAAGAGGACACAGUGAUUGGAGUUUCAGUAACUGGAAUCUUAAAGGUGUGGAUUAUUACUGCUGAAAUCAGUCGGCUGCAGGACACUGAACCUGUCUUUGAACAGGAAUCCAAGCCCAUUUACUGUUUGAAUUGUCAGAGCAUUUCGUUUUGCACAUAUACGCAGCGAUCACUCUUGGUGGUUUGCUCCAAAUAUUGGAGGGUGUUUGAUGCAGGAGACUUUUCCUUGUUAUGCUCAGUAUCCAGUGAGGGUGACCAGUCUUGGACUGGGGGUGAAUUCAUUGAUGCUGAUAAGGUUGUUAUUUGGACUGAAGAUGGGAGUAGUUUUAUCUACCGACUGCCUUCAAGCUGUUUACCAGCCAGUGAGUCAUUCCGCAGCAAUGUUGGCAAAGCUAUUGAAAAUUCCAUUCCGCCUCUACUGUAUAAUGUUUCGGACAGGAAGGAUAAAUCUAAUGCCCAGCAGAUAGAAUAUGGGUGUAUAGGGGAGGCAGUUGUCCACAUUCCUCAUGACUGUUACCCCGACCCUAUAAAAGCCUGGGAACUCUACAGACCUCAGAUGUUAUCUUGCACUCGGCCUUUUGAGGCUCCACUCCUCAUCUGCCCUCCUGUUACACGAUUCUUCUAUGGCCGUAGGGAGCCCUUCCAUAAACUGCUGAUUCAGGGAGAUUCAUCAGGGAGACUCCUGAUAUGGUGUAUUCCUGAAACAGUUGACUCACAUCAGAAAGAUUCUGUUCAAGAGUUGAAUGUUACCACUUCUUCAUGCUUGCAAGAUACAUUUGAUUAUCAGUUUCCAAGGCCUGCAGGAAUUAUAGACCAGCUGAGUACACAGUCUGGUAAGGAGGAGCCUCUGAAAGUGACAGCCAGUGUUUAUAUUCCCUCUCAUGGGCGUCUGGUAUGUGGUCGUGAAGAUGGCAGUAUUGUUAUUGUUCCAGCCACUCAAACGGCUAUUGUCCAGUUACUGCAAGGAGAACACAUGCUGAGAAGAGGUUGGCCACCUCACCGAACACUUCGUGGCCAUCGAGGCAAAGUGACCUGCCUGUUGUACCCACACCAGGUCGCAACACGGUAUGAUCAACGCUACCUGGUGUCGGGUGGGGUAGAUUUCUCUGUAAUCAUCUGGGACAUCAACUCGGGGGAAAUGAAGCAUACCUUUUGUGUCCAUGGUGGAGAGAUUACCCAGCUGGUAGUUCCACCUGAAAACUGCAGUUCUCGUGUACAAUAUUGCAUCUGCUCGGUGGCCAGUGAUCAUUCAGUGGGUCUUCUCAGCCUUCGAGACAAGAAGUGCAUAAUGUUGGCAUCACGACAUCUAUUUCCUAUUCAAGUUAUUAAGUGGAGGCCAUCUGAUGAUUACCUGGUGGUUGGAUGCUCAGAUGGAUCAGUGUACGUUUGGCAAAUGGACACUGGUGCAUUAGACCGCUGUGUAAUGGGAAUAACUGCAAUAGAAAUCUUGAAUGCCUGUGAUGAAGCUGUUCCAGCUGCUGUAGAUACCUUGAGUCAUCCGGCAGUCAACCUUAAACAAGCCAUGACUCGACGGAGCCUCACAGCGUUGAAACAUAUGGCGCACCACAAAUUGCAGACACUUGCCACCAACCUUUUGGCUUCUGAAGCUGCUGAUAAGGGGGCUUUACCAAAAUACUCCCAUAAUGCACUUAUGGUGCAAGCCAUGAAGACAAAUCUGAUUGAUCCAGAUAUCCAUAUAUUAUUUUUUGAUGUGGAAGCACUGAUUAUCCAGCUUCUAACAGAAGAAGCAUCCAGACCCAAUCCUACACUUAUAUCUCCAGAGAGCCUCCAGAAAGCACCGGGUGGCACAGACAAAAGCAGCUCCUUUCUUACUGGAAAGCGAGCAGCAGUCCUUUUCCAGCAGGUGAAGGAAACGAUCAAAGAGAACAUUAAAGAACAUUUGUUAGAUGAUGAUGAAGAUGAAGAUGACGACAUAAAGAGACAGAAGAGGGAAGAGGGUGAUCCUGAGUACAAGGGCAACAAGUCAAAACCUCUCACCUUGUUAGAAUAUAACUUAACAAUGGACACAGCAAAAUUAUUCAUGUCAUGUCUGCAUGCUUGGGGUCUGAAUGAACAAUUAGAUGAGGUUUGUCUCAUGCAGCUUGGUAUGUUGAAACCUCACUGCCCUGUAUCUUUUGGCUUGCUGUCAAGGGGAGGACAUAUGUCACUGAUGCUUCCUGGAUUUAAACAGACUGCUUUCAAGACACUAGAUGGUGCUAACGAAACAGGAAAAAGACCGACUUUGGGAAACAGCACGUACAAUGUAUCCCGAGCAGUCACAACCCAACACCUGCUCUCUCUCAUUUCCUUAGCCAAUACUUUGAUGAGCAUGACCAACGCUACGUUCAUUGGGGAACAUAUGAAAAAACUGCCACCAAGACCACAGAAACCAAGCACCCCAGAGAUGACUAAAGGGAACCCUUCCCCUCCAGUCUUCACUGCUGUACAGGGGCAGAUCAAACAAGGUUGGAGUCAGCUUGCAGCCAUGCAUUGUGUCAUGCUUCCUGAUCACCUUGGACAGAACAAUUUUCGGCCUCCGCUUCUGGAGAUGUUGGCUCGGAGAUGGCAAGAUCGGUGUUUAGAGGUGAGAGAAGCCGCUCAAGCUUUACUUUUAGCAGAGCUUCGCAGAAUUGGAAAAGACGGACGAAAAGAAACAAUUGACGUCUGGGCGCCUUACUUGCCACAAUAUGUUGAUAACAUAAUGUCACCUGGUGUGACAGCAGAAGCUAUUCAAACAGCUAGUGGGAGUUCUGAUUUACAAGGGGCAGAUACCAAAGUUCAAGAAGAGGAACCUGACCUAGCAGAUGAUGACAUUAGUGCAGGUUCUUUGCCUGGUCUUCUUGCGCACAUGAAGAAAUCAUCCUCUUCCUUUGAGGAAAGGCGCAAACAGGCCACAGCCAUUGUCCUCCUGGGUGUAAUCGGAGCAGAAUUUGGUGCUGAGAUUGAACCACCAAAAUUGCCAACUAGGACACGUAACACCAGUCAAGUUCCAGAGGGGUUUGGACUGACCAGCGGAGGUUCCAAUUAUUCUCUAGCAAGACACACCUGCAAGGCUUUGACAUUCCUGCUGCUGCAACCUUCCAGCAGUAAACUUCCGGCACACAGCACAAUCCGCAGGACUGCCAUUGAUUUGAUUGGCCGUGGCUUUACCGUGUGGGAGCCCUAUAUGGAUGUAUCAGCUGUGCUGAUGGGACUUCUAGAGCUCUGCGCUGAGGCUGAAAAACAUCUUUCCAACAUCACAGUGGGACUGCCACUCACCCCGGCAGCUGACUCCGCCCGGUCAGCACGUCAUGCCCUGUCACUCAUUGCUACAGCCAGACCACCAGCCUUCAUCACUACUAUUGCACGUGAGGUCCACAGGCAUACGGCUUUAGCAGCCAACACUCAGUCCCAGCCUAAUGUACACACCAGCAUACUGGCUCGUGCAAAGGGUGAAAUACUCAGAGUGAUUGAGAUACUAAUUGAAAAGAUGCCCACAGAUGUUGUGGACCUUCUUGUAGAGGUUAUGGAUAUUAUCAUGUAUUGCCUCGAAGGGCCUUUGGUCAAAAAAAAGGGUCUUCAAGAAUGCUUCCCAUCAAUUUGUCGGUUCUAUAUGGUGAGCUACUGCGACAGGAGUAACAGAAUAGCAGUUGGAGCUCGACAUGGCUCAAUGGCUCUGUAUGAUAUUCGCACAGGAAAAUGCCAGAUCAUUCAUGGCCACAGUGGACCAAUAACUGCUGUAUCCUUCGCGCCUGAUGGACGGUAUCUAGCUACGUAUUCCAAUGCUGACAGUCACAUCUCUUUCUGGCAGAUGAACACAUCACUGUUGGGAAGUAUUGGGAUGUUGAAUUCAGCCCCUCAACUCCGAUGUAUGAAAACCUACCAGGUGCCUCCUGUUCAUCCCAUUUCUCCAGGUUCACAGAAUGCACUGAAACUGGCGCGCCUGAUCUGGACCUCCAACCGCAACGUCAUCCUCAUGGCGCACGACGGGAAAGAGCAUCGAUUUAUCGUCUGAAGUUGCCGCCGUAAUCCCAUGAAACAGUAGACCAAUAAAAAUAUGUAUGUUGUUUGCAAUGCUGGUUAAUGUUUACAUUAAAUUACUUACGUGUAGAUUUGUUUUCAUAAAGUUUAUAGUUUGUAAUGUCAACUUUCUGUGGGUUUUUGUGACUAAGUGAAAUAGUUGUCCAAUAUUUAAACCUAGAUAUUUGCAUAUUCCAGUCAUCAAUGAUUCAAGAAUUGUUUCUUUAGGUUUGCACAUCAUUCUCUCCCUUUUGUGAUUCUAAGUCCAAGUUAUUACAUCUCAUGCUUCUAAUUAAAACUUGGGCCCUCUUCAAGAGAGAAGAAAAGGCACAAUCUAGGGCAAGAAUGGCCAAAGUUGGGGAAUUUAUCCUCAUUAAGAAUAGUCUGACUGACUGAGAAAACAGUUCACCACGUAUCAUCAUGAUGGUGCUCUGCUUUAGCUAAAGAUUUCAACUAAGCAAAGACCCGGGCCAGUAAGAAUGAGCAAGCUUUGAACGACAUUACUAUCAAUGAUUCUGCACAUUAUGAUAUUAGCCAAUUCUGUCAAGGAACUGGAAGUGCAAUGUAACAUGAUGCACUUAGGUGUAUUCUUGUAUGUUUGGAGCAGGAAUAAAAGGGAUUUAUGUUCUGUCUUUUGUAAUGCUGUCUCUCACUGAAGAUAUGUUCCUCCAGUUAUAAUUUUACUCUUAUUGAUAUACAACUUGCUUUAUUAAUAAAGUAGCUGUAGAGCUGGGGUCCAUGGACUCCUUGCUUAAUGGCAUUGGUCCAUGGCAUAAAGAAGGUUGGGAUCCCCUACCCCACAGUGUAAGUGGCAAGGAGAAUCUGGAUGGGGGGGCAGGAAUUGAUUAGAAUGUGGGGGUAGCCUCGGAAUGUGAGAACUUAUCUUUUGAACAGGGAUGAGGAGGAUUCCCUUUAGUCAGGCAGUGCUGAAUCUGUGGAAUUCAUUGCCACAGACAAUGUGCAGGCCAGGUCAUUGAGUAUAUUUAAAACAUAGGUUGAUAGUUACUUAAUCAAUAAGGGAAUGUUGCAGGGAGAAGGCAGGAGAAUGGGGUUGAGAGGGGUAAUAUAUCAGCCAUGUUUCAAUGGUGGAGCAGAUUUGAUAGGCCAAAUGGCCUAAUUCUGCUCGUGUGUUUUCGGGUCUAAAGUUGAAAAUCUGGGUUUCACCACUAUCAACUCUUGAGAGUAGUUUGGUAGCUGCUGCAUCCACAAUGUGAACUGACCCAUCUCACUAUCAAUGUAAUUCCUCAGUGGUCUAACUCGGGAAACACUAUCAAGUUCAAGUUCAACUGUCAUUCUACCAUACACAUGUGUACAGCUAAAUGAAUCAAUGUUCCUCUGGGACCAAGUUGCAUAAAACAGUACAUACAAUCACACACAGCACCCAAGAUAUAUAGUUACGAUAACCUGCAGAUUAAUGGUGCAUGGAUGUUGUCCAUGUAGCCUUGUUCCCACAAGAACUAAUACGCAACAGUUCCUCAUUUCUCACAGCUGUCUUAUAUUGUCGUUCUUAUAUGUUACUAUUAACAGUAAGAGCUAUAGCCAACACUGAAGAGCAGCUCCUUGGCAACUAACUUGACACAAAAUUUAAAAAAGUUCUGUUAUUUGAUGAAUGAUAAUAUAUAGAAAUUAACAUCUGAACUGGCUAUCCUGUUUGAUAUUAGAAUUUGAACUCAGUUUUAACUUUAUUCCUCAGUUACAAUAAAGAUGUAGUAAACACAAGAGAUUCUGCAAAUGUUGGAAAUCUUGAGCAACAUCACAAAAUUUUGGAGGAACUCAGCAAGUCAGGUAGCAUCUGUGGAGAUGAAUAAGCAGACAAUAUUUCAGGCCAAGACCCUUCACCAGAACUGUAUGUUUAAUUAUUGCAGCUUUUAUUUUCUUUUAAAUUGUCCUUAUAAAAAUCUUUCCUAAUUUUCAAUAAUUUCAUAAGGUCACCGUUUGACUUUAACGAGUAAAAUGAAACCCAGAUGCUGAUAAGCCUCCUUCCUCAUUCUUAAAUUUAUCCAUUCUUCCAGUGCCUUUACACCCCAGAUUAGGCAUGACACUCAAACUGUGAUUUGCAUAGAAAUAGUAUCAAAUCUUCAGUUUGAUACGGCUUUAUUUAUGACAUUUAUGAUCACUUUUUGCUACAUCAUAAUCUCAAACAGAAUGAGUUUUCAACUGAUGAAACAGCAUGAAAUUGGAUUUUUUUUCUUUCUAAAAUCUAAAUUUAUGAAUUAAACUUAUAAUAUUCAACAGUUGAUAUUCUUUUGUUAGUACGAUUUCACUCUAUAUACAAAACCAUCUGCACUUUUCAAUAAAUAUUGAUUUUGUUACUCCAUCACUGUUCCGUUUCAAGUCUGUAUUCAUAUAUUCAUUUGCUCACUUUCAAUUGCAAAUUUAUCCACCAUUUGAAACAGUAAGGUUGUAGUACUUGGUGUUUUGCAAUUGACUUUCUUUUCCUGGGUUAAAAAGGAGAAAAUGAGCCAAAAUUCCCUCAUCUGAGGAUUGUCAGUGACCCUGGGUUGAUUACAGUGCUGUGCAAAAAUGUUAGGGGCAUAUAUAUAGCUAGGGUGCCUAAGACUUUUGCACAGUACAGUAAAUGGCAAUGAGUUUUGCUUCUGAUGAGCUCGAUGCUUUUUAUGUUUGUUGUUAGAGAGUAUACUGGAAUUAUGUAAAUUGCAAGCAGUAAAUUGAAGUUACAAUACAGUGCAAAAGUAUUGGGCACCCUAGCUAUAUAUCGAAGACCGUAAGACAUAGGAGCAGAAUUAAUCCUUUCAGCCCAUCAAGUCUGCUCCGCCAUUGCAUCAUGACUGAUCCCAGGUCCCACUCAACCCCAUGCACUUGCCUUUUUGUGAUCUCCUUUGAUGCCUUGACCAAUCAGGGAAUUAACAACAUUAGUUUUAAAUAUACCCAUGGACCUGGCCUCCACCCCAGUCUGUGGCUGAACAUUCCAAGGAUUCAUUACUCUCUGGCUAAAAAAAUUCCUCCUUACCUCUGUUUUAAAAGGUCGCCCUUCAAUUUUGAGGCUGUGUCCUCUAGUCCUGGAUAUUCCCACCCCAGGAAGCAUCCUCUCUACAUCCAGCCUAUCUAGUCCUUUCAAUAUUUGGUAGGUUUCAGAGAGAUACCCCCCCCCCCCACCACAUUCUUCUAAAUUCCAGUGAGUACAGGCUCAAAGCUGCUAGGCUGCUGGUCACAGGUUAACACCUUCAUUCCUGGAAUUAUCCUUGUGAACCUACUCUGGAUGCUUUCCAAAGACAACACAUCCUUUUUGAGAUUUGGGGCCCAAACUGUUGAUAGUACUCCAAGUGCAGCCUGACUAGUGUCUUAUAAAGCCUCACUGUUAUCAUAUUGCUUUUAUAAUCUAUUCCCCUUGAAAUAAAUGCCAACAUUGCAUCUGCCUUUUUUACCACAGACUCAACCUGUAAAUUAACCUUCUGGAGUUCUUGCCCAAGGACUCCUAAGUCCUUCUGCACCUCUGAUAUUUGAAUUUUCUCCCCAUUUAGUUAAUAGUCUGUACUAUUGUUCCUUUUACCAAAAUGCAGCAUCAUAUAUUUCCCAACACUGUUAUUCCAUCUGCCACUUUUGUGCUCAUUCUUCCAAUUUGUCUAAGCCCUCUUACAAUCGCAUUGCUUCCUCACCACUACCUACCCCUCCACCUUUCUUUUUAUCAUCUGAAAACUUUUGCCACAAAGCCAUCAAUUCCACUAUCUAAAUCACUGACAAACAAUGUGAAAAGUAGCGGUCCCAAUACUGAACACCACUAGUCACUGGCAGCCAUCCAGAAAAGGCCCACUUUAUUGCCACUCUGCCUCCUGUCAGUCAACCAUUCCUCUAUACACACCAGUUUAUUUCCAUAGUAUUUUACCUUGUUAAGCAGCCUCAUGUGUGGCACUUUAUUAAAUGCCUUCUGAAAAUCCAUGUAAAUGAUAUUCACUGCCUCUCUUUUGUCCACCCUGCUUGCUACUUACUUGAAGAAUUCUAACAGAUUUGUCAGGCAAGAUUUCCCUUCAUAGAAACCAUUCUAACUUUGACUUUUUUUAUCAUUAAUUUCCAAGUACACUGAAACCUCAUCCUUAAUAAUAGGCUCCAACAUUUUCUCAACCACUGAGGUUAGGCUAACUGGCCUAUAAUUUCCUUUCUUUUGCCUUCCUCCCUUCUUAAACAGUGGAGUGACAUUUGCAAUUUUCCAGUCCUCCGGGACCAUGCCAGAAUCAAGUGAUUUCUAAAAGAUCAUGACCAAACAUUUGUUAUCUCUUCAGCAACCUCUCUUAGGACUCUGGGAUGUAGUGCAUCUGAUCCAGGUGACUUAUCCACUUUAAGACCUUUGAGUUACCUAGCACUUUUUCAUUUGUAAUAGCAAUGACACUCACUUCUAAUCCCUGGCACUCAUGGACCUCUUUUUUACUCUAGAUAUAACUGAAAAAACUUUCAGUAUCUUGCUUUACAUUAUCGGCUAUUUUGCCCUCAUAUUUCAUCUUUUCCCUUGCUAUAGCUUUUUUAAUUACCUUUUAUUAGAUUCUAAAAACAUCCCAGUCAUCCAACUUCCCACUCACUUUUGCUACCUUAUAAACCCUUUUACUUGGCUUAUAAUAUUUGCUUAUAAGCACCAGUGUCUAAUGCGGUUGUAUUUUAGCAUUACAUCUACAGAUGCAUGGGUAUCCUUAUCUUUGACUCAGGGUCUCUGCCCAAAAUAAAUGGGUCCACUCCAUCAAUGAUCGAUAGAAGCUAUGUUCAUGUAAACUUCUCAAUGUGGUCUGCUAUAUAUCUCAUAUCCAGCUCACUGGAAAAUAUGUAGCAAAGUCAGGAGAAUUGAAAGGCAUAAAUUGUAAAAUUUCACCUCUGUGUUCAGUGCCUUUUCAUCUAUGGUUUUGAAGGAUAAUGGGCUAGAUACAAAGAGGAUAUUCUGUUCUGAAACCUUUAUUAUAACAUAAUACUUUAAAAAGGACAUCGGUGAACAUAUCUAAAUUUAAUCUCAAAGCAAGCUUGAUAGGCAAUUCUGUGCACGUAAUUUAAUUACUGGCCUAAUAACUAUGUCAGUGCAAUAGGUGCACCAAGAAUAUAGUGAAGUUUACAUCUACAGGCAUCUUAGGGAUAAAGUCAAAUAGCCACUCAAACCAUUAGUAUAAUAAUGUAUCAGAUAUACAUACACAAAAUUCUGGAGAAACUCAACAGGUCAGGUAGCAUCUUUAGAGAGAUUCCCAAAGCAUGUGUGUCAGGCAGUUUUGUGCACCUGAUUUAAUUGCCUUCCUAAUAAUUACGUUAAUGUACAGAUAUAAUGGUGACUGGUUUAAAUAAUGACCACUUAAUAUAAUGUACAGGUGAAAUCCACAUAAAGGGGAUAUUACAUUGGUGUUAUUCUUUGUUUAUAAAAUGGCCAUGUGUGAAUUGUAAAUCUUGCUGAAAAUGUACAUUUUUAGGAAGCAUAUUUCUGUUCUGAAGUCUCUGAAAUCGAUUGUAUUUUGGUAGAUUUGGCUUGUGUAAGCACUACGUGUUUUGUGUUGCUUUGCUAUGCAGCCAUUGAAGAAAUAUAGUUGUGCUGUGCCUUCUUAGGCAAUUUACAUUGAUUGGAUGUUUCUAUACCUGUGUGAAAUCUUAAAGUACCAUGUUGAAGAUGUACUUUGACCUUUACUUAUCCAGGUCCUCUACAAUGCCCCGAACCCAGAAAAAGAGUUGAUUCUAGUUAUUCUGUGCUUAUCGGUAAAGACAGAGAAUUUACUUAAAGAUUCAAGUCAAUCUAAAUUCAGGAUUCUGUGACAAUAUAAUUAAUACUUUUUCAAAGUGCUAGAGUCCUUUAGUGUUUUUGGUGGAUGUCUGCCAUUCCCAUUUCUCCCUCUGCUUGGAGAUGUACACUCAGUUUGCAUUUUAUUAUUAUGGUCUACAUGAUUUAAUGCAUUGAGUUGCUGCCACAUGAUUGGCUGAUUAGAUAUUGGUAUUAACGAGCAGAUGUAUCUGGUAAAGUGGCUACUGAAUGUGUAUUGUAAACACUGACGCUGUGGUAUCCUGAAAUAAAGUGACACAGUAUUUACUGCCAACCACUAAUAGCCAUUCUCUAUCACAUCAUGCAAAUCUCUUCCGGAUCACCGUUAAAAAUAAAUUGAAGUAAAAUACACAAAUUGGUGAAGGAACUAUAUUGACUGUGGAGGAACUGUUUAAGAAUAAACUGAACAGUAUUAGAGUUUGUUACUAUCAGACAAUGUAAUGUGUGUAACUUAACAUGUAUCUUGGAUCAAGGAUCAACUUUAUUCGCCAUUUACAUUUGCAUGUAUUAGGAAUUUGCUGUGAUGUGUUGGUCAGGGCAUGACAUGCAGCAAAACAUUCAACAAUUAUAAACAAUAAAAAAAUAGAGGUUUGAGUAUGGAAAUGGAAUAAUAUAUGCAUACCUUUGCAUAAGUUACUAUUUUCUGUUUGAAAUUAUCUAUCCAAAAUUCAGAAUAUUUGUCUUGAUUCAUUAAAUUUUUGUUUGAUUCAUUUAAAUUCAUUAAAUUCAAUGUGGUGUAAUUUAUAUUUAUUUUGUUUAUAGCU